AUGCCUGUUGAUAAAAUUUUGGCGCAGAUUAAAGAUAAGCACUAUCUCAAAUGGCCUAGGCAAUUACAUUCAUUACCCAACGUGCGUGAUAAGAAGAAGUAUUGCCAUUUCCACAAGGAUCAUGACCAUUACAUAGAGGAUUACAGAGACUUGAAAAAGCAGAUAGAGGAGCUCAUACGAAAAGGGAAAUUGCAGAGAUUUGUGAAGAAGGGGGAGCACAGCAGGUCCAGGGAUGAUGACAAGGACAAAUGUGAAGCCCCACCAAGGGACGAGGACCGUACGCCUCAACGUCCGCCAAGUGUGAUCGGGGAGAUUAAGACAAUCACAGGCGGACCAUCCAUAGGAGGGUCAUUUAAGUCCCUCAAGAAGUCAUAUAAAAGGCAGGUGAACAACGUCCACAGGAUAUCCCCGAUGAAACAGAGACGAAUGGACAGGGAGAUGUUUUUCUCUGAAGAAGAUGCCAAAGGGGUGAAGCAGCCUCAUGAUGAUCCCUUGGUCAUAAUGUUAACAAUAGAAGGGUUCAACACCAGGAGAAUCCUCGUGGAUAAUGGUAGCUCCACGGAUAUCAUCUACCUUUCUACUUUUCAGCAGCUGAAGAUCCAGGAAGGCUGUCCCCAUUUGACUCCCCCCUCAUCAACUUCAGUGGAGACAGGGUAUAUCCCAAAGGCAUAG